AUGAAGAAAGGCAAAAAGAAGAAGCCAGAGUCCAAACACCGGGGCUCCACCUCACGGCACUGUAGCUCUGAGUCCACCCCCCAACAGCAGCAGAGCUCUGAGUCCACCCCACAGCAGCCCAGCUCGGGGUCCGUCCCACAGCAGCCCAGCUUGAAGUCCACCCCACAACAGCCCAGCUCGGGGUCCAUCGCACGGAGGCCUGUGCCCCCGGCCCUCCCAGCUCCCCAAGUCAGCCAGUCGGCUCAGGGCCUGCUGGCUCAGAACACCGGCACAAAAGCAUCCCCUGGAUCCAAGAAAGCAGGGCCUCCGACUCGGGCGGGCCCGCGCCCCUUCUGUUCCUGUACCACUUGCCCCGGCAGCUCUACCUGCUGGCGUCGCCUGGGCUUGUGCCACAGCCGCAUCUUCGACGUCCUCCUGCCUCGGGUCUGGCUGACCGUGUCAGGGAGAGGAUUCCCAAACCUCCUCACCUUCUACAGACGAUCUACCAGGAAACACUCCAGUCAUCGUAAUUCCCAUGCUCCAAGCUCUCGGGACUGUGGCUGCAGCUCUGGGAGCCCUGGCAGCUGCCUACUUCGUCAUUGA